AUGCCAAGAACUUAUCGCGUUGAUUUUGAAAAUUUUACACCGGAUACUUUAUUAUUUGCGAUACAUGCUGAUUUUGCCGAUAAACCUGGACUGGAAGAACAGGUGUCAUUCUUACAAGCGACCGUACCGCCCGAAGGUGGCAUGGCUGGGGUUGAAUUUCAAGAAUCAUAUAGUGUGAUGGUGAUCGAUUAUUUUAAUCUAAAAGGAAUUGGCAUAUACAAGGCAUUUCAAAAUAUUCCUGCUGCGAUUGGGACAGCGUGGUCGCUUAUUUUUAAGGAUAAUGUCUCACAAUUCAAAAGGGAUCCAAUUGGAAAGGCACAACCUGACACGAUAACUAUCCUAAAUCGUUCGAAAACCAAAGCAACUUUAGGGAUCGGAAUUGGUGGUCGUCCAGCCGCUUACAAAAAAAAUGUUUACGUCGAUGCAAAAGCGGCAUUUAAGAUAACUCAUGGUUAUUAUUUGCAAAUUCAUAGAGUCGACGGGAUAGUUAAAUAUGAUGUGCAAACAGAUCCUGUAAAAUUAGAUUUCGCUGGAGGACUAAAUAUCGCGAAGGUUACUGCUAGACUUAUUAAUGGUUCGAGAAUCGUUGUUAACGUAGAAUAUGGUUAUUUUGACGGUGCUCGAGAUGAUUCAAAAUUAUGA